UCCCCUGAUUGCCAUUUCCACCAGCUGGGAUCUCGUGGUGCGCCCCACCGGCUUCCCACCUUUCUUUCUCCAGUCUCCGCACACAUAAAUCACGGGUGGGAGGCAGGAUUGCUCCCCCCGUGCACCGGGAAGCUGCUGCCCCGCUCCCUUGCUCACACGGGGCUUUGCAGUCGUGGUGGCAGCCGCGGCAGAAUCCAGCACUGAGGAAGCGAUUGAUUUGUCUACUAACAGAAGGCUGGAGUUGCCUACACGCACCUCUGCUGAGCUUUUAAACCAAGUCAUCGAGACUUAGCAUCAUCCUGCCCAGCAGGGAAGGGAGGAGUUGGCAGGAAUUUGGCUCUCCCAUUCCCUCUGCAAUUCUCCAGUGUCGCGGAGCACUAGACGUCUGCCAUGACUGACACUGUGUUCAGCAGCAGCUCCAACCGUUGGAUGUAUUCUGGUGACCGACCCCUUCAGUCAAAGUAAGUAGCUGAGCUUCAGGCAGGCUGGUCUGUCCAUUCCAGUGGUCAGCCUGACAGGCAGAGGAAGCAAGAAGAGCUGACCGAUGAGGAGAAGGAAAUCAUCAACAAGGUGAUCGCUCGCGCUGAGAAAAUGGAAGAAAUGGAGCAGGAGCGAAUUGGGCGCCUAGUGGAACGCCUCGAGAACAUGAGGAAGAACGUGGCUGGGGACGGGGUGAACCGCUGCAUACUGUGUGGAGAACAGCUGGGGAUGCUGGGCUCAACCUGUGUCAUAUGUGAGGACUGUAAGAAGAAUGUUUGCACCAAAUGUGGGGUGGAGACCUCCAAAAACCGCCUGCAUUCUGUGUGGCUCUGCAAAAUCUGCCUCGAGCAGAGAGAGGUGUGGAAGCGUUCUGGAGCAUGGUUCUUCAAAGGCUUCCCCAAACAGGUCCUCCCACAGCCCAUGCCUAUAAAGAAGACCAAGCCCCAGCAGCCUGUCAGUGAGCCCGCUGUCCCCGAGCAACCUGCCCCUGAGCCCAAGCACACGGUCCGGGCUCCUGCUCGAGCUGACACUGAAGAUAGGAGGGGUCCAGGCCAAAGGACAGGCCCUGACAUGGCCUCUGCUCCUGGGCGAGGAAGUUAUGGGCCUCCUGUGCGCAGGGCUUCCGAGGCACGAAUGAGCUCGUCUAGCCGGGAUUCAGAGAGCUGGGACCAGGGCCACAGCGGGGGUGCUGGAGACUCCAGCCGGAGCCCAGCAGCAGGUUUGAGACGGGCCAACUCAGUUCAGGCCUCCAGACCUGCUCCAGGCCCAGUGCAGAGCCCAGUUCCACUGCAGCCGGGGCAGCCAGGACCCCCAGGGGGCAGCAGACCCAGCCCUGGGCCAGCAGGACGCUUUCCAGAUCAGAAGCCGGAGGUGGCUUCGAGUGACCCUGGUUAUACAGGGACUACUGCCCCACCCCGAGAGGAGAGAACGGGGGUAGCUGGGGCCUACUCAGCCAUUGGUACCAGGGAAGACCGAGCGGGCCACCCCCCAGGGCCCUAUUCCCAAGCAUCAGCAGCUGCCCCCCAGCCUGCCGCAGCCCCUGCCUGCCAGCCACCACCCCCGGAGGAGGAGGAGGAAGAAGCCAACAGCUACGAUUCGGAUGAUGCAACCACCCUGGGUACCCUGGAAUUCAGCCUUCUCUAUGACCAGGACAACAGCUCCCUGCAGUGCACCAUCAUAAAGGCCAAGGGACUGAAGCCCAUGGAUUCGAACGGCUUGGCCGAUCCCUAUGUUAAGCUGCACCUCCUGCCAGGAGCCAGCAAGGUACCAUAUGGCCUGGGCAUCUCUGCAAGCCGGUCCAACAAGCUUCGUACAAAAACUCUACGGAACACCCGGAACCCCAUCUGGAACGAGACCCUGGUCUAUCACGGCAUCACGGAUGAGGACAUGCAGAGGAAGACCCUCAGGAUCUCUGUCUGUGAUGAGGACAAAUUUGGCCAUAAUGAGUUCAUUGGUGAGACCAGAUUCUCCCUCAAGAAACUGAAGCCCAACCAGAGGAAGAAUUUCAAUAUCUGCCUGGAGCGAGUGAUUCCCAUGAAGCGUGCUGGGACUACUGGGUCAGCCCGAGGCAUGGCCCUUUAUGAGGAGGAGCAGGUGGAGCGAAUUGGUGACAUAGAAGAACGAGGCAAGAUCCUGGUGUCCCUCAUGUACAGCACACAGCAGGGAGGCCUCAUUGUGGGCAUCAUACGCUGCGUGCACCUGGCCGCCAUGGACGCCAAUGGCUACUCAGAUCCAUUUGUCAAACUGUGGCUGAAACCAGACAUGGGAAAGAAGGCUAAACAUAAGACUCAAAUUAAAAAGAAAACCUUGAAUCCCGAGUUUAAUGAGGAGUUUUUCUAUGACAUCAAACACAGCGACCUGGCAAAGAAAUCACUGGACAUCUCUGUUUGGGACUAUGACAUUGGCAAAUCCAACGAUUACAUUGGAGGCUGCCAGCUGGGGAUCUCAGCCAAAGGAGAGCGCUUAAAACACUGGUACGAGUGUCUGAAAAAUAAGGACAAGAAGAUUGAGCGUUGGCACCAGCUACAGAAUGAGAACCACGUGUCGAGCGAUUAGGACGGUGCCCAGGUCCCCAACUCCAUGUCCCGCCCCCUGCCUGGGUCACCCCAGCCUGCCCAGCUGCCCACAGCACUCUGGUCUCUCUUCUUUAUGCCUGCCUCCCCCGGUCCCCUGCCGCCUUCCCUGAGCCCACCUUUGAGGUCCCCUCAUGUUGGGCUGCUGCCAAAGACUCCCCCCUUUCUGAUGCUGAGCCGGGCUCUAAACAAAGUCCCUCUCUGGUCCUGGGAUAGAGACCUAGGAUGGGGGUGGGGAGAGGUCUUCAAAGAGGUUGGUUAUUUAAUAACCUCUCAGUUUGGGUAAAUUUGUGAGGGUUCUUCAUCACUGGGACUGUUUUUAGACCCUCCUGGCCUUGAACACACACACACACACACCCCUUUGGUUCCCUGUGUUGUGUCUGCAUCUUCCCUCAGUUGUUAGAAGACCCAGUCAAUGCUGUGAGGACAACGACAAGCAUCGGAGCAAAAAUAGAGCCUCUGAACUCCUCUGCCCCUCCAAAAUACACCCCCCAAUUGCCAGGAAAACAGACCACCAUGUUUAAGAACCCACCUUCCCUGCUCCAAAUGCAUCAAGAAAUGGACCCAUAGAAAACCCGGGUGGACUUAAAAGCCCUUCUCUUUCAGAAUGUUACCUGUUUGCUUCCUAGCCAAAAAAAAAGUACCCUUUCUCUAUUGCCUUCCCUCUUUCCUUUCCCUAACUUUUGUCACGUUACAUUCUCCCUUUCUCAGCCUCUCAGCUCUUCUCUCUACUCCCUGCCUCCCCUCCGCUCCCCUUUCUGGUGGUAUAAAUAGCAAAAACAAGAAACCUGUGUCUUAACCCAGCCUCCUGCUCUCAUCUCCUUUUACCAACCUGACCAAAAAACUCUGAGAAACUGGCCCAGACCUGAAGCUCCACCUGGGCUGAUGCUUCUUAAAUCACCCACUUCUGUUGGCAGAGCCAGGCAUCCUCCGACCUAGGACUGGCAGCUGGUGCUGCCCCAGGUGCAUGGCAGCCUCCUUCAAGCUGCUUAAGUGCCCCAUAGAGGGGCUCCCUCAGCCCCUGCUCCCAGGUGAGCACAGGAGACAUUUAGAAGACCAGGGCUGUGGGUCCAAGGGGGCCCCUCCAAAGCCUUUCUCCGUCCUCUGCUCUUAGUUAGAUGAACAAGCUAGGCCCGUCCCUGACAGCCUUUGACGCUGUUUCAUUGAUUCUCUCACAUCCUGUCUCUCAUUCAGAACUACCCUGAGUCUCUGUCUCUUUGUCUGUGUCUCUGUCUCCUGCACUCUUUUUACUAAGUUUGCUGGGAAAAUCAAAUACCAUCAUAGACAUGAAACUUUAGAAAGUGGCAGACGCUGAUGCUAAAGGCUUUUGGUUCAUCAAGUAUUCACUUUCUUCCCACAAUUUUCUUUUUAAAAAAGGAGGAAAAGGCAACGUGGAAAAACAUUAUACAUUUGAGGUUGGGGUCAGGCAGUUUUCGGUGCCCCCUAGAAAAGUUUGAUUUUCCCAAUUUUUAUUAAGUCCUUUUUCUCGUGAAAGUCAUCCCAAAUCAUCUUGAGUCCUCAUCAUUCUCUAUAAAAGCAUCAGAUGGAUGCUGAAACUCUCACUUUCCCCCAAAUCACAUGCCCUCCACCCUUAGCUCCCUGCACAAUUCAUUGGAGGACUCAUUUCUUACCUUGAAUAAUCGUUUUCUAAAUACUGAGCUCUUUGCCUGCCCCUAGGUGGCCAACAGCUUCUUGGACACCAUCUUUCCUUUCAGCCCCAUCUUUCCCCACUAGUCCCCUGUGGCACCUACUCUUAGCCUCCCUCCCCUGCCACGGUUCACCCUUAGAAGAAAGCAUGCUGGCUGUGUUGCCCAAGCCUGACGCUGGUGUUGGCGCUGGAAUCAGCAUGCAGCAAGCUCACAUGCUCCUAGUCAGUCUGGGUGCACUCUCUUCCCGACAAAUGUAAUCACCCCCCUGCCUAGAAUACAGUCACAGCCUCCAGUGCAUGCACAACCACCCACCAUCUUUCUUUGUGGAGAUGUAGCCAAAAAUAAAGUAGGAAUAUCCAAGAAAA